GGCGCACCGGGCCGCUUCCUGGGAGCGGGACGAGGUUCCCGGCGGGCGCCCGGCCUGUCCCGGCCCGGUCCCGUCAUGCAGGCGGCGGAGCGGGACGGGGCGGCGGGCGGCCCCGAAGCGGGGGCGGGGGCCGCUGAGGCCCCCCCGGAGUCGUCGCCGCCGCCGCCCAAGGCCGCCGCCGCCUUCGACCUGCUGGAGCUGGUGCGGAGCUACCGGCGGCUGGAGCUGUACCUGGAGCCGCUGCGGGACGCCGCGGGGGGCGUCCGCUCCCUCCUCCGGUGGCAGCGGCCCGUCUGCUCCCUCCUCGCCUGCCUCGGCCUCAACUUCCUCCUGCUCACCCUCGGCCAAGCCGCCUGGUUCUCGGUGCUCGCCCUCCUGGUGCUGGUGCCGGCCCUGCUGGGCUACCUGCAGGAGACGUGCCGGGCCCGGCCCUCGGAGCCGGAGCUGGUGCGCAGGAAGUACUACAGCGUGCGGCGGGAGGACCUGCGCAGGGUGCAGCUCUCCAGGCAGGAGGCCAUCGCCCAGGUCAAGGGCUUUCUGAUACAGCUGGAGGGGUUCCUGAGUGGGAUGUGCUGCAGCUGCGAGGCAGUGUACCGUGUACUGUACUGGGAGAACCCCACUGUCUCUUCCCAGUUUUAUGGGGUGCUUCUGUGCUCUGUCUGCAUCCUUUACCUGUUGCCUCUCUGCUGGGUCUUGGCCAUCCUCAACAGUACCCUCUUCCUGGGCAACACCCAGUUCUACCGAGUGAUAAUAGAGCUCAAGGCCUCGCUCGAGCAGUGUGUGGGCACCAAACCCCUCGAGACCACUCCAGAGCCUGCUGAACCCCUGCCAGCUGCUGCCCCCCUGGAUCAGACCCCCACACCCACCAGCACAGAGGACCUUACCCCUGGCAGUGUGGAGGAGGCAGAGGAGGCAGAGCCUGAUGAAGAGUUCAAGGAUGCUAUUGAGGAGAACCAGCUGCUGGUCAUGGAGGAUGACGAGAGCUCUCAGUGCUCAGCAGAUUUUGACCUCAGCAUCCCAGACAAUGGUUUUAUGAGCAAAAACGAGGUGAUCCGCAGCAAAGUGUCCCGCCUGACUGAGCGCCUGCGCAAGCGCUACCCCAGCAACAACUUUGGGAGCUGCACGGGCUGUGCAGCCACUUUCUCCGUGCUGAAGAAGCGGCGGAGCUGCAGUAACUGUGGGAACAGCUUCUGCUCCAGGUGUUGCUCCUUCAAAGUCCCCAAGGCUGUGAUGGGAGCCACAGCCCCAGAAGCUCAGAGGGAAACAGUAUUCGUGUGUGCUGUGUGCAACCAGGUGCUCAUCAAGUGAUCAAAACGGGCCCAGCCAGCUCCUGGUCCUUGCACUGCCUGACACCACGAUGGCAGGCACCCUGCCUGUGCUUGCCAGGAGCCUGGGCUGCUUGGUUCCCAGCAUGGUCUCAUCCUGCCAGAGGGACACGUGUGCUCACUGCUCCUCCUGCUAGUGCCAGGCUGGGGGCAAACCAGCCUGCCUUGCCCCACAGCAUCUGCUGCAGCAGCUGGGUCCCUGUAGUGGAGGAUUGCCCACAGCUGUGCCCCCAUUCCUGUGGCUGCCCUUGUGGCAGGUGCUCCAAGGCACUCACACACCCUGCCACAUACUUGCCUGGGCCCUGUGGCCUGGCUCGGUGAUGGAGGAGCCAUCCUUCCCACUUGUGGUCCUACCCCCAACUCCUGGGUGGGGCAGAACAACCCCAGGGCUCUGUCCCUACCUUUCCCAGCACUGUUGGGUGACUGUAUUUUUGGAAUGGAGUUAGAACUCUGCCUGCAUCCCCAGAUGUGGUCUUAAGUCCAGUCCUGGCUCAGCUGAGACCCUGCUAGUCACUUCUGUGCUCCUUAGCCUCACGGUCUGCAGGUUUAGUCUUUUCCCCCUGUAUUUGGCUGUAGCACAGAGGAGGCAAGAGGGUCAGUUUGGGCUGGGCUGUCUGGCUGAGUCUCCAGCUGCAGUGUGAGAGUUGGUGCUGCUCUGUGCACUUAGUGACUGCUGCUUUCUACUACAGAUUAAUAUAUGAGUGUAUAUAGAGAGUGACCAAUAAACCUUUGCACUCA